ACAAAAUAUUAAAUUAAAAUUAUAUAAAUAAACGCGUUAAAAAUCCUAAACCUAUCUCCGGUUACCGCCAAAUGGAGAUCGCACCGCCGGCAGACGACGGAAUCGCAAUCAUACCGGAUUCAUCACCGUCUUCUUCAGCAUCAGGUCCUUGCGCUUCAACUGCUGUUUUAAAUACUAAUAAUAAUAAUAACAAUAAUAAUGAUUAUGAUGACGAAGAUGAAGACGGAGAUGUUUGCCGGAUCUGCCGGAAUCCUGGUGACGACGAUAAUCCGCUGCGGUAUCCGUGUGCUUGUAGCGGAAGUAUUAAAUUUGUUCAUCAGGAUUGUCUUUUACAGUGGCUUAAUCAUAGUAACGCUCGUCACUGCGAGGUCUGUAAGCAUCCCUUUUCAUUCUCUCCUGUGUAUGCUGAGAAUGCUCCAUCAAGGCUUCCUUUUCAGGAAUUUAUCAUUGGGAUGGCAAUGAAAGCCUAUAACGUGGUGAAAUUCUUCGCGAGACUCAGUUUUGUGCUUUCUGUAUGGCUCUUGAUCAUACCACAUAUUACCUUCUGGAUAUGGCGCUUCUCAUUUGUUAGGAGUUUUGGAGAAGCUCAGAGACUGUUCUUGAGUCAUAUCUCUACCACAUUUAUUCUUACAGACUGUCUUCAUGGGUUUUUACUCUCAGCAAGCAUAGUAUUUAUUUUUCUCGGUGCCACAUCUUUGCGGGACUAUUUCAGACACAUACGCGAACUUGGAGGCGCGGAAGCGGACAGAGAGGAUGAAGGAGAGAGGAACGGUGCUCGUGUAGCUAGAAGACAACCUGCACAAGCCAAUCGGAAUCUUAUUGGUGAUGGGAAUGUUGAAGAUGUUGGAGGACGAGGCAUUGGUGGGGCUGGUCAGAUGAUCAGGAGGAAUGCAGAAAAUGUUGCAGCAAGGUGGGAGAUGCAAGCAGCUCGUCUUGAGGCACAUGUUGAACAGAUGUUUGAUGGUUUGGAUGAUGGAGAUGGUGCAGAGGAUGUCCCUUUUGAUGAGCUGGUUGGCAUGCAGGGACCUCUCUUCCAUUUGGUGGAAAAUGCAUUCACUGUUCUUGCAAGCAACAUGAUAUUUCUUGGUGUUGUAGUACUUGUGCCUUUCCACCUAGGACGAUUUAUUCUCUACCAUCUAUCAUGGGUUUUAUCAUCUGCUACUACCCCAAUGUUAUCGACUGUUGUACCACUUACUGAGCAUGCCCUUUCUUUGGCCAAUAUUACAUUAAAGAAUGCGUUGACUGCAGUCACAGAUUUGGCAUCUGAGAAAAGUUCUGCGGAUAUGAUAAACGUGAAUGCCACUGGACUUAAUGAGUCACCAAACAAUGUUACAAAUCUAGUUUCAGUGGAGUUUCUAAAAGGGGCAAUUUCUGGGGUAUCACGGCUCUCUGAUGCUACAACUCUUGCAGUUGGCUAUAUGUUCAUUUUCUCAGUAAUUAUCUUUUAUCUUGGAGUUGUAGCACUGGUUAGGUACACCAGGGGGGAACCAUUGACUUUGGGAAGAUUCUAUGGUAUUGCUUCAAUUGCUGAGACAAUCCCUUCACUGUUCAGGCAGUUUUUGGCCGCAAUGAGACAUUUAAUGACUAUGAUAAAGGUUGCAUUUCUUUUGGUCAUUGAACUGGGAGUCUUCCCUCUAAUGUGUGGAUGGUGGCUAGAUGUUUGUACAAUAAGGAUGUUUGGAAAGUCAAUUGGUGAAAGAGUUGACUUCUUUUCUGUUUCUCCACUCGCAAGCUCAUUGAUUCAUUGGGUUGUAGGGAUUGUCUACAUGCUACAAAUAUCCAUAUUUGUCAGUCUUCUUAGAGGGGUUCUGCGCAAUGGAGUCCUUUAUUUCCUGCGAGAUCCAGCUGACCCUAACUACAAUCCAUUUAGAGAUCUAAUUGAUGAUCCUGUGCACAAGCAUGCACGCAGGGUUCUUUUGUCGGUUGCUGUAUAUGGGAGCUUAAUUGUAAUGCUGGUAUUUUUGCCUGUUAAACUUGCAAUGCGCAUGGCUCCGUCUAUCUUUCCGCUUGAUAUAUCAGUAUCUGACCCAUUCACGGAGAUUCCUGCUGACAUGCUUCUCUUCCAAAUUUGCAUUCCUUUUGCCGUUGAGCAUUUUAAGCUGCGUGCGACUAUUAAGUCACUUCUGCACUAUUGGUUUACUGCAGCUGGCUGGGCCCUUGGUUUAACUGAUUAUUUAUUGCCUAGACCUGAGGAUACUGGUGGACAAGAUAAUGAAAAUGAUCUAGUAAGAGGACAAGAUCGAGAUGUUGUUGGAUAUAUACCCCCUGAAGAUUUGAACCGAGCAAGGCAUGCAGCAGCCAAUACUAAUUUUGCAGAAGAAGCAGAUGGUGAUGAACAAUCCGAUUCAGAGAGGUAUAUGUUUGUCCUUUGUAUUGUGCUGCUUUUAUUGGCUGCCUGGAUGACAUUGCUGAUAGUCAAUUCUGCUCUAAUUGUGGUGCCUGUAUCCCUUGGACGAGUGCUCUUCAAUGCUGUUCCUCUUCUUCCUAUCACACAUGGCAUCAAAUGCAAUGACAUAUAUGCCUUCGUCAUUGGAAGUUAUGUCAUCUGGACCUUAGUGGCUGGCAUAAGGUAUUGCAUGGAUCAAAUUAGAACAAGGAGAGCUUCAGUUUUACUAGGUCAAAUUUGGAAAUGGUGUUCUAUUGCUGUAAAGAGCUCUGUACUGCUGUCAAUUUGGAUUUUUGUCAUUCCUGUUUUGAUUGGGCUGCUAUUUGAACUUCUGGUAAUUGUACCAAUGAGGGUGCCUGUGGACGAAAGCCCAGUGUUCCUGUUGUACCAAGACUGGGCUCUUGGACUUAUAUUUCUCAAGAUCUGGACUCGGCUGGUUAUGCUGGAUCAUAUGAUGCCUCUAAUGGACGACAGUUGGCGGGUAAAGUUUGAGAGAGUAAGAGAAGAUGGUUUCUCUAGACUACAAGCCUUUUGGGUUCUACGAGAAAUUGUGGUCCCCAUCAUUAUGAAGCUUCUUACAGCUUUAUGUGUCCCCUAUGUGUUAGCCCGAGGAGUAUUUCCUGUAUUUGGGUACCCGUUAGUGAUCAACUCAGCUGUCUACAGAUUUGCAUGGUUGGGUUGCCUUGGUCUCAGUUUGCUGUGUUUUUGUGCCAAGAGGUUCCAUGUCUGGUUUACCAACCUACAUAACUCGAUAAGAGAUGACCGCUAUUUGAUUGGACGAAGACUUCAUAAUUUUGGGGAAGUUAACAAUGACAGGCAACAAGAGGUUGAGACUUCAAAUGACGAUGCAGGAGACAACGAUGUAGGUUUGAGGCAUAGACGCGGUAUUCCAGUGGAUGGCUAAGUUAAAUCUGAUGGUGUCGAGUCGCGAAUUUGUGAAUAUAAUUCUAUGAAGGUUAGUGAGGUGUGGUAGAAAGAAGCAAAAACUUCUUGAUAUUUGGCUCGAUCAUGUAAAAAUAUAUGGUGUAUAUUACACUUUGAUCUCAUUAGUUGGUGGGUUGCUACAGAGGACCCUAAAGAAAUAGGUGAUGCUGAUCAGAGCCAUAAGCCCAUAAGAUGGUAAAGGGUACUCAAGUUGACCCACCCAAUAUCAUCAUAAACCCUGUAGUUUAUUAAAAAAGGUUUGGUUUUUGUAUGUUAUAUAAAUUAAGUUUUUUAUGAGUUUGAAGAUUUGUUUUUGUAAUACAUAUUGUUUUAGUAAUUUCUAAUGAUGAAUAUUCAAUUAAACGAAA